UCUCUCUGACUGAGAGCGCUUUCUCUCUACUCACCCAAACUCUCAUUGUUUCUCUCUCUUUAUUAUACUCUUUCUGUGGAGGCUCUUGGAUUUGGUUUUUGGUUUUUGAGUUUUCGAACGGUUCCGAUCCAGUCGCCAUUGCCGGAAACUAUGCCUUCUCCGGCGAGUGUCCGGUGAGUUACCGGACUCUGUCAGUCGCUCUUCUCGAAUAGAAAGCUCUGAAUCCGCCAUGGAUGUCUCAGAAGUUAAAGGUUUUGGCGUGUACCGGUUCGUUUUGGUGAGGAUUCUGAAUAAAGAAAUUUAUUUUUGUACUUUCGGAGAAGCGUCCAUCUAGCUCUCUCUGUGUUGCGGUGGAAUCUGAAAUUUUAAUUCGAUCACUUGUGCUUUCGAUUCGGUUUUCGAUUUCUUUUACUUUCAUGUGAAAAUUGGACUGCUUAAUUCUACUGCUUUAGAACCAGAGACGGAUCUCUACCGAUUGCUGUGCCUUAUUUUUCUUUUGCAGUAGCUGUAGGAGUAGAAUCACCACUUUCUCGGCCUUUCUUUAGUAGUACAACCGAGACGGCUUUACUCGUAAUAGCUCUCGGUGCUUUUACAAAUGAGAGAAGGUCCUUGUUCUAUCCAUUGCUCGUCAGGGAGGAUUUGAAGCAGCGCGAGCUACCCGGUUCCGGUAAAUGGACACAAACUCAUCUGGAGAAGACCUUUUCAUCAAGAUCAUAUUGGAACGAAGACUGCUGUGCAGAUCAGGAGUCAUGCUCAGAAGUUCUUUUCAAAGCUGGAGAAGGAGGCACACAAUAAAGGUGUUCCAAUGGGACAAUCAAUUGACAUAGAUAUCCCGCCUCCACGUCCCAAGAGGAAACCAAGCAAUCCUUACCCUCGAAAGUCUAGUUCAGCUGCCACGACAUUGACCACUCCGCAUGUGGGAGCAAAGGAUGGAAAACUUUUAUCUUCAGCAUCUUCUUCACACUGUCCACAAGUAGUGGAUUUGGAGAAAGAGUCACCUCAUGAGAGACCUACUGAAGAAGAAAAUCCGAAAAAUGGAAAAGAAAAUCAGGAUGAAAUUUGCUCAGAAGCCGUCACUUUGCUCCAAGAACAUAAUUGUUCCUCUGAUUCUACUGCAAACAAAAAUUCUCUACCUACACAGGUGGUGCUGAGAAAUGCUUGCACUUUUCAGGAGUUUGUGCCUUCGCUGAAAGAGGUAAUAAGUCAAGAUGUAACAACUGAAUCUUAUGUUACUAUUGAACUUAAUGGAAAUCAGAAUAUGAAGAAAAAUGAUGCCAAAAAGAUAGUUCAAGUUAAUGGCACAAGUGGAGCCUCAGUGUCAGAGAACACUAAUGCUCUUCAUAAGAAGUUGGUUCAAGGUGAGAAAGCAGAUGAUUUGAAUUGUGCAUUGCCAACAGAUGGGAUGCAAGGCACUCAGAACUACCCAAGGAAUGUUCCUGUACAUGUACUGGAUGGCAGCGUAGGAGCGUGUAAUCAAACUACACCUGCAGAUAUGUCAUUCCCUGACUCCGGUUUCCAUCCUAUGGGGAAGGUUCAUGGACAGCCUAACCUAUUUGCAAAUCCAGCCGCAUCUACUACUACUGAACAUGAAAGUAAUGCAUCAAGAUCUACUAUUCACCAAUCGUUUCCAGCUUUUCACCCUCCCUUCACACCAUUCCACCAUGGUCAAAAGGACUACCAAUCAUUUCACCACAUUUCCUCAACAUUUUCUAGCCUUGUUGUGUCGUCUCUGCUACAAAACCCUGCAGCCCAUGCUGCGGCUAGCUUUGCAGCCACAUUUUGGCCUUAUGCAAAUUUGGAAAAUAAGGAAGACUCUCCUGCAUGCUCCUCUGCUGGAGGUUUUCCACUGAACCCCCCUCCAAGUAUGGCAGCAAUUGCUGCUGCCACUGUAGCUGCUGCAACUGCAUGGUGGGCAGCCCAUGGAUUGCUUCCCUUGUGCGCUCCUGUUCAAACUUCUAUGAGCUGUCCUCCCAUGCCCAUGACUGGGGAGAUUCCGUCUGUGAAUACUGAUCAAGAUCCCGCAGUGAUGAUAGAGAGAGGCGAGAAUUCUCUUCAAAUUCCUUCUGUGGAGGAUCAACAAUUGGAGCCGGAACACUUGGAAGCUGUGGAUGCUCAGCAUUUAGCUUCACAAUCACCAAACAGGUCAUCAUCGCACUCUGAUAAUGGAGGUGCAGAGCCAAAUACAGAAUUGAAGUCUGCUGAUGACGAGAAGGCUGUAGCAUCAACUGCUCAAGUUAAUGAUUCAGACAAUGCAAAGAGUAGAAAACAGGUUGACCAUUCUUCGUGUGGCUCCAACACACCUUCCGGCAGCGACAUAGAGACGGAUGCAUUAGAGAAGCAUGAGAAAAGCACAGAAGAACCAGAAGAACCAGAAGAACCAGAAGAACCAGAAGAACCAAAAGAACCAAAAGAACUUGAUCUAAAUCUGUUAGCAUCUGAUUCUAAUUAUCGUCGCAGUAGAAGUAUCAGCAACAUCAAUGAUCCAUGGAAAGAGGUUUCUGAAGAGGGACGGAUGGCCUUUCAAGCGCUAUUCGCAAGAGAGGUACUGCCCCAGAGUUUUUCACCGCCUUCACACUGCCUCACAGUUAAUGAGCAUCAGUAUGCUACAGAAGCAGCAAAUCAAAAUUCUGACGAGAAAGAUAGGAAUGCAUCUGCAUCACAAUUUGACUUGAAAUCAUGGAUGUCAUUUCCGUAUCCUCCAGAAGCGGAGAAAAGUGUGUCACCAGCACGAGGCAGCAACACUGAAGGGCUACUGACACUAGGACUUAGCCAAGGGAAACUCAAGGCCCGUCGAACAGGAUUCAAGCCUUACAAGAGGUGCUCCGUAGAGGCCAACGAGAACCGGGUGGCCAAUGCCAGCAGCCACUGCGAAGAGAAAGGCCCGAAGAGGUUACGCUUAGAAGGGGAAGCUCAAACUUGACAUUCCAUAUUGCGUGCAAAAUCAACGGAAACCUUUGUUUUUGCACGCAGGUUGUAUUUUCCGCUCCUUUAUAUAGUUCGUUUGUGUUUUAAUUUCGAGUCCAGCAGAUCAGAAACUUGUCUUUGGCGUGUGUACCAUAAUCUAUAUACAUUUGAUCGUUUCACUAUCUCGAAGCUCUGCAACUGCAGUUGUAGACUCGCGUAAUUAGACCCUCGAUAAAGAUCAUUUCAAGUGUUUGAUUGAUGGACCUUGAUGAUUACAUCUUUUAUUUGUAUUAUUAAGAGAAAUCCUUGAUGCACAAGUAA